AUGUCUGUAAAAAUAUUAUUUGCUGUUGCAGCAAUAAUUAUAAUCCUAUGCUCGAAAAAUUACGAGGCGGCGCGACUUUUAGGCGAAGAAAACGAGCAAUGGAUGAGAAGAAGUGAAUCGAAACUUCUGCUCUCGUCCUUACAGCGAAGGCCGGUUAGGCCGCCAGCACCGAACGGGUGCACGUGGGUCCCGGGAAGGGGCGGCCUGCCGUGUGCCUCCACCAUCGGCAACCGGAACUUCGCCGGAGUACCUCCUCCGGCGGUCGGUGAUGUGUACCCAAGGAAAGAAAUAAAAACCAAUAUUUUUCCUCUUCUUUGA